UUGUCUCUUGUUUCUGAGCGGAGGGGGCAGCGCUGGCUCGACGGCGGUGGCCGGGGCCGGCCGGAUCCAGGCGAGCGAAUCGCUGAUCGGGAGCCGGCGAUUGCAAUGAGUUGGGGUUGGUAGUGCGGAUCAGAGUGGAGCCGAUGGUGCAGUGUUUCUCUAUGGUGUGGCGCAAGGUGCUGAGGAAGCGCUGGGUCCUCGCCGUGGUGUUCGGCCUUUCACUCAUCUACUUCCUGAGCAGCACCUUGAGACAGGAGGAAAGAACAGUACUUGACCGAAACUUGUUGCAGCUUCGAGGUUCCCAGCGACCGAUUGUGUGGAAAGUGCGGUUCAACCUUGGGAACAGCAGCAGGCUAUAUACACAGUGUCGAAACUCUAUCCAGGGUAAACUGCUAAUUACAGAUGAACAGGGCUAUGUGUGUGAGAGGAAAGACUUACUUGUGAAUGGCUGCUGCAGUGUAAACACACCUAGUACAAAAUUAUAUGCAUGUGAUACCUGCCUGCCCAAUGACUGCUGUACUGUGUAUGAGUACUGUGUCUCCUGUUGCCUACAACCAAAUAAGCAACCUCUAUUGGAACGUUUCCUGAACAGGGCUGCAGAAGCCUUCCAGAACCUGUUUACAGCAAUUGAAGAUCACUUUGAGCUCUGCCUGGCAAAGUGCAGAACAUCAUCUCAGAGUGUUCAACAUGAAAAUAACUACAGAGAUCCUGCUGCAAAAUAUUGCUAUGGAGAAGAUCUGCCAGAGCUACUUCCACUUUAACCUAUGUUAUUAAAAUAGCCAUCAUGACCAAACUUUGUACAAACCUCACUGUGGAAGGAUUGCAGAAGUUUUGUUAAAAUAUGAGGAAACUACAGUAACUUUGUUUUUUACAUCAUUAUUUAAUAUUUAUUUUGUUUCAACUUUUGAACUGUCUUGAUGGCAGCAAUCAAGGUGACCAAAUGCAAAACAAUACUCUUCCAAAUUAGUAAUUAGUGCUAUGCUCAAUAUUGCAGCCUUUGCAGACAACUGCCAGCAACUAAAGAAUCAUCAGCUACACUAAUUACAGUUUAUUUGCAUAUUUGGAAAUUAAUUUGUGCAAGAUAUGUAAAUAUAUGCAUAUGUUUAUCAAAACAAAGAUGUACACAACAGUUGAUUUAUGAGCAGUUCAGGCUUUCUGCUUGCUUGAAUAUGUCUUACCUGUUCAUAAAGGAAUAUGAUCAUAUGAUAGAUGGAACCACGUUAAGGUUGGUAGUCCUGUUUUGAAUACCAGUAAAGCAUGAUAUUUGAUGCAGCAAAAUUGAAUUGUUUAGUUAAAUAUAAACUGCAAGCAUUUGAGAUUGCUAAGAUUAGGUUAUCUUCACUCCAAUCUAAAGAGAAAUGUUGUGUUUUUGCCUUUAUGUUGGGAACAUACCUUCAGUAAAGAUGUGACUUCUUAUUUGAGCUACAAAAACUAAAAAUUAAAAUGAUACAUUUGUAAGCUCUGGUCCAAGCUCCAAAGAAUAUUGUACUCACUAAUUCACGAAAGAUAAGAUGAAAAUUGAAAGGAACAUUUCCUGCACUAUAGAUAAAACAAACAAAAAAGAAAAAGAGCUUAUUUGAGUUUCCUGAUCACCUCUUGAAUAAGGCAGUGUUAUAGAAAGAAAAGUUGAUAACCUGUAGCAUUUAGAUGGUGAGAAAACAAGCCUGUUCAUUACAACAACCUCGGUUUUUAAGAAAAUAAGCUAUCCUUUAAUGAAUACUUGAGGUUGAAAGGCAUUUGUCAUGCAUUAUUUUCUUUCAUUUGAAAGAGUCUCUAGGCAGAUGAGCCAAAAGUAUUAAUGAAUAAAAUAUGUUAAAAUAUGAGGCAGCAUUGUUUGUGCUUUUUUUGUUUCAUAUGGUUGUGCAUUAAACACAAGUUAUAAUGUAGAGUGUUUUUUUCCCCGAGGGCUAAAGAAUAAAUCAUGUGCUUUCAUUUUUUUGUUCUUUUAUAUUCAAUGUUUCUGUUAACUUAAUAUAAGCUAACUUAAUUUGUGUAUGGGAAUGAGUGUAAAUGUAACUGAGAGAUGUAUGUUAUUGAUGUCAUGCAAUGGAAUAACAUCCUAAUAAAGAACAAAUGUAGUGGAUAACAUUUUUAACAUUAACUC